AUGUCGACAGAGGAACUCAGGCAACAGCUGGCAGACCUGCAGAGCAGGAAUGAAGCACUACAAGCUCAGCUGCAGGGACAUCAAGCACACCCUGAACCCACACCUACACCUACCACUGGAGAUAAGGUGUGCAAAGUAUCUGUAAAAUUACCGCCGUUCUGGGCAGACAAACCUAAAGUAUGGUUUGCCCAAGCGGAGUGCCAAUUUCAUGUUGCAGGAAUAAAGAGUGAUAUGACUAAAUUCAGUCAUGUGAUUAGUAUUAUAGACCAAAAGCUGAUUGGAGAGAUUGAAGACCUGGUAUUAGAUCCACCUAAAGAAGACAAAUAUGAAACUUUAAAAAAAGAGUUGAUUCGACGACUGGCUGUAUCAGAGCAGGAAAGAGUAGAGAGGCUAGUUAGUGAGGAAGAACUCGGUGACAACAAGCCUUCUACUUUCCUCAGACGGCUCCGCUCUCUUGCAGGGACAACAAAGGAUGAAGUCCUCCUGCGGCAGCUUUGGAUGAGGCGCUUACCAAACAAUGUUCAGGCUAUCCUUGCUGCGCACACUGACCUUUCCCUAGAAAAGCUAGCGGAGUUGGCUGACAAUAUAAUUGAGGUGUCACCAGGCCCCUCAAAAGUCAACAAAAUUGACAAUAGCUGUCCACCAAGCGAGAUGGCCUCGCUCAAAGAGUGCAUUGAACAACUGUCCAUGCAAAACCAGAAGCCGAAAUGGAUCCCCGGCAUCUCGAAGAUGCUGGUACCAUAG